AGUUGCAGGUGCUAGGGUCUCCUUCAUGUCCUCUGAUAUCUGUCGCUAGCAAUUGUUCGCCGCUAACGGCUAUUACCAGGCGCUGCGAUCGAUCAACGCAUUUUGGCGAACAGCCAAAGGUGGAGAUGACAUCAGGGAGCCGUUUAUUGACGGUUGCGUCACUGGGCCCGGAUGCGGAUCUUGUAUAUAAAUUCUGCACUCAGGGGCUGCACUAGUCUCUUACUGUAACUUGCAACGAUGACUGGCAUUCCCCCAACCAUUCCCCAGGAUACUACCCAACCCCAUACGCCCGCGCACGAGUGGGCCAGCAAGACGACCUCCAUGCUUGACCCCGACACUACUAAUACCGCCUCUAGCAUGAAUCCAACCACCAAGGACAUGCUUGAGCUUGAGCACCCGCCGCCUGCUCAGGCGACUCUCUCAGGUUCCAGCGCUGCGAGUACGCCUGGAUUCCCUGGUGCAUACCAUGAAGACCGCGAAGAGAAGGCAGGCGUAGGAAACGUCGACUUGAGAGAAACCGCUCACCGAAUGUCCCAGAGUGUUCAAGAUGCCGCCCAGUCUGUAGGCGAGACUGCGGCUCAAUACCUUCCCAAGAGCGUCGUCGAUACCGUAGCUGGCUACAUGCCUGCUCGUCCGCCGCCCGGUACCAUUCGGGCAUCCGAACAUGACGUCCCUCAUCAGAAAUCCCUUCCGAGUACUGAACUCACCGGUCAAGGCUCUCACGAACACGUUGCCGGCGUCGGGGCUCUUCCAGGUAGCAUCUCAGAAGUUAGUGUCGCAAGGCUUCCCGACGACCGUAGUCAGACAGCUACUCCAAUCCCGACACGUCCACAACCUGCAUCCGUCCGAGCGUCCACCCACGACGUGCCUCACCAGAAAUCUCUUCCUAGUACUGAACUAACUGGUCAAGGCUCACGUGAGCAUGUCGCCGGCGUUGGUUCGCUACCUGGUAAUGUGAGUGAGACCAGCGUCGCAAGACUUCCAGACGAUCGCAGCCAGACAGUCACUCCCACCCCAGGUGGAACCUUAGGCGGUGUUGGUGCUGGUGCAGGGUUGGGUGCCGCGGCCGCCACAUUUGCUACUAAGACCAAGACGUUUGCACCUUCACCGUUGGGCGCUGGAGCCAAGAAGGAGAAAGAAGCGGAACUCCCGACAACGGAAGAGCCCUCGAUUUCUCGUCAAGCGGGUGUCGGUUCGCUUCCAGGUGGGAAGGACGAAAGCGGCGUUGCGAAGUUGCCUGAAGAGAAGGCUUCGUCCGCUACACCUGCCGCCGCCGAAGAACCCACUACCACUUCACCUGCUGAAGAACCAACUGCCACUUUACCUGCUGAAGAGAAGACUCAAGUCCCUGCAGAAACGCAGAAGGCUGAGGGGCUGAGCGCAGAGAAGGAAACGCAGCUGGGUGGAUCUGGCGCUGUUGGCGCGAGUGCAGUAGGUGCAACGAGGGAAGAGGAGAAGGUUGGUGGUCAGCAUGGCAAACCUAACCAGGAUGGUCACGAGCCUCUGGAAAUGCACGAUGACGAAAGCGAUCGUCGAGAGACUCGCGAUCGUCAUCAUCAUCAGCACUCCAGACCUCACUCCCCUGCCUCGUGUGCUUCCUCGCAAGGGUUGGUUGCCGAUCAACAUCAUCCGACUCUUGAACCGAGGAAGCAUGCGUUGGGGAGUGGUGGUGCGACGUGGUUUGGUGUGAAGGUUGAUGUGGAAGGCGCGAGGGCUGAAGAGCCUAGUCAACUUGAAGAACGUGAUGGUGGUGUGGGGGAAGGUUUGGAGCGGGAUGGAGAUGGAACUGGCUAUCAGACAGACUACCACCCCGCCGAACUGCAUCCUCCAGGAGAGCAGCCCACCACCACCAGCGCCACCGAAGAAACUCGUGCCGAACAAGCAAAGAAAGAGGGCCCUAGCGAGAAAGCUCACGAGAUGCCGAAACACGAAGAGCCUGCACCUGUAAGCCCUGGUAAACAUGAAAAACAUGAAGGAGAGGGAAAGAAGAAGAUUGGGUUCAUGGAGAAGAUGAAGGGCGAGGCGAAGGUUCUUUUUGGGAGAGUGGAGGGAAAGAAGGGGGAGGCGAUGGUUGAGGAGGGGAAGAAGAUCUUGGCUGGGGAGAAGCUUGAGAAGGUCAAGUCUGCGUGAAAUAUGAAGUUUUGGGGAUGAAGUGAAGUAAAGUGAAGUGAAGUGAUUGUAAUGGACUUGAUGUUUGUCUUGGUUUGGAAGUGUACUAUAUCGUUGGUCUGGUUUGAGCUGUCGGACCAUACCAAAUCUUGAAUGUAUAUGUAUGCUGUAACGUGUACUGAGUAGUUUUACAUGACACAAGUUUGGUUCGUGCUCUUGUGACGAGUCCCAUGAAUUCGAUUCCAUUUGUCCUGGUGCUAUGGACGUGCAAGACAUUUCUCUUCGCCAUCGGGGGACCUAAAUCUCACCCGUUUACUUACGAACAUCUUUGAAUAUAACUUCACUCUUCAG